GGGUACAACCUCUCCUGCUCCUGAGGGUAAACCCAGCACAUCCCCUUUCUCUCGCCCACUACUUUCCUUCGCUGCUACCCUGUUUCCUGCUUGGUUUCCUCAUCCCUUCUUCAGAGGCAUCUCAAGACACUCUCAACUGGGACCUAAAGAGCAGCUAUUUAAGGAAAUGGCUUCUAAACGGCAGAUGGGCUACAAGUGUCGCAUAGCAGGAGUGCUGCUUCUCCUUUUGGCCAGUAUUGCCGCCCUCGUUGCUGUUGUUGUCAUCCAGGACACCUGGACGCUCACAGAGUACGACUUUGAGUACGGCAUAGUGAUAGACUCCGGCUCAUCGCGUUCCAAUGUGUACCUGUAUCAGUGGCCUGGAGAGAAGGAGAACGAAACGGGAGUCGUGAAGGAGAUAAUGAACUGCCGAGUGUCUGGUGCUGGUAUCUCAGAGAUGAAGGUUGACCAAGAGAAAGAUACCAAAUCGUGGAAUGGAUUCAAGAGCUGCAUGGUCAACGUCACACAAGCCAUUCCUGUUAAAAAACACAAAACCACACUUCUCUUUCUGGGAGCCACUGCUGGGAUGAGACUGCUACAUGAGAAAGAUGAACAGAAGUCCAAUGAAAUCCUGGCGAGUCUCAGUGAAUACCUGAAAACUUUGCCUUUCAACUUCCAAAAUGCUUCCAUCAUUACUGGUCAGGAAGAAGGGCUGUACGGCUGGAUCACUGUCAACUACCUCAAGGGAAAAUUCCUGCAGAAAAACCUUUGGAACAAAUACGCACACCCGGAAGGGGAGAAGACUGUAGGGUCAAUGGACCUCGGUGGAGCAUCGACACAGAUCGCCUUUGCAGUCCAGGACGAUGAGGACUCAGAGGGACCGGACUUCUUGCGUGUCAAACUGUACGGUUACCCGUACAACGUCUACACACACAGUUUCCUCUGCUAUGGCAAAAACGAGGCUGGGAAGAGGAUUCUGGACAAAAUAGUUAAGGAAUCCUCUGACCCAUCCUACAUCCUCAACCCGUGCUACCCUGAAGGUUACAACGUCACCAGGAAGGCCUCCACCAUUUAUGACACAGAGUGUACAAAGAAGCCAAACAAGUACAACCCAGAUCAAGAACUCUUCAUGGUGGGAACCUCCGACUCAGACAAGUGCCGCAGCAUCGUGAAAUCCAUCUUUGAUUUCAAAACUUGUUCCUCGGCCAAGUGCUCCUUUGAUGGGGUCAGCCAGCCACCCGUCGCUGGAGAAUUUAUGGCGUACGCAGGCUUCUUCUUUACGGCCCGGGCGCUCGGGUUUGAGGGGAGGUCGGAUCUUGAUCAUUUCAACGCAUCGGUUAGGCAACUGUGCCACACAAAUUGGACGGUGCUGAAGGCAGAAAAGACGUGGAUCUCAAAUGAGUACCUGAGGACUUACUGUUAUGCCGGUCACUACAUAUUCUCAAUGCUGGCAGAUGGAUACAAGUUUGACAAAGACACCUGGAAAAACAUUGACUUCCAAAAACAGGUGGAGAAAACCAACAUAGGUUGGAGUUUAGGCUACAUGCUGAGCAUGUCGAACAUGAUCCCAUCUGAAGCGGAAGUAAUCCCGCCCCUGACAGACCCGGUCUUUGCCGGCCUGGUCUUUCUGUUUUCAGCCCUAACGAUCAUUAUGGUGGUCUUCGUUUUCAUAAUCCUCAUUCGCACUUGCUUCUGAGAGUCACGCAGAGAAGCUUUGUAGGCGGUGGGGGAGCGCAGACGCUAUCGCAGAGGAGCUUCAUUUUUUAAGACAUUUAAUGAUGUCAAUUUUUUAUUAUAGUUUGUGAAAACUGAAAACAAAUAUAUCCUGCUAGUUUAAGUCUUUGAGCUAUUUUUUAUCUGGAGGGACUGGAGACAUAAAAAAAACACCUCCAAUAAAAAAAUAACUUUUGGGCAGAUAAAAGCAGAUGACACACGAGAGCUUGAAUGACUGACAGGUAACGAACCCAUAAAUGCUUAUUCUUGUCACACGUUGUGUCAUUUAAAAAUGGAAUUGCAUUCACAUGCUGCACGAAUGGACACACGGACCUUCAACAACGGGCUAUUCAGUGAUUCAUUUUGUAUUAUACGUGUCAUUUGCACUCAAUGGAUUCUGCUUUAAAAACGGCAGGAUGGCACUUUGCCUUGGCCACUUUGUUACACACUGCGUGCUGUAUAUCAGGGGAAAGAUUUUAUUUGGCACAAGUACCACUAUUCUUAAGCGGUAGCAUUACCAGGGGGCUCACUGUCUAGUUUGUGUGCACAGGUGUGCUCUCUCACCUGCAUGAAGAAUGACCUCUUCCCCCCCGUCAACAUCAAGUGCACAGCGUGUUGUUUACAGUAGAUGGACGUGACCCCCCCCUCUCUGAUUGGCUUGCACGUAUUACCUUUGUAUAGAAUUUGUCAGGAUACUAUUAAUGAAAAGGAUUGGAGGAAGGUCAAGAGGCUAAAGCGGAUGAGGAUUGGAGACCGCAUGCAACAUUACCCAAUAUAUACUAACAAAGUCUUGAUUAUGAGAGGUUUUUUUAUGUUGCUAUGCACAUGAAAAAAAAGGCAUAUUCGAGAUUUACGCUUUGUUGUGUCAAAAUGUAAACUAAAUGUUAACCUUAAUGUUGAUCUGGCACACUAACAAAACAUUUAAAAAAUGACAGACCAUAUCUAAAAAGCUGAUGACCCCUUCAGCAUAAUAUACAGUGUAAAACUGUAAAAAGUACACAUCACUACUACUGAACGAACACUCAUUAACAAUUUAUUGAAUGUGCUACGUGCCAUUGUAUCAUCCUGAUUUUGCUAUAUAUUACUAUACGUCUAAUAAUCAAGCCAAAUACAAUCAACAAUUAAUAUUGUUAGUUCUUUAAGUUAUGUUUCCCUUUAACCACAAAUCUUGUGUUGUUCCAUCGCAGGGAGUUGGAUAAAUCUCUCUUGCUUUCAUAGGCUUAUAUAUCGAGAGAGAGAUGUAUUCAAUCAAUAUAAACUAUUAAUGCGUCACAUGGUUCAUUUGGGGUUUUAGGGUAUGCCCUACCUGUACUGGUCUUAUUUUGAGAACAAUUCUCUCUAUAGAAUACUACACCCACGGUACCCUUUGUCGUUAGGUGAUCCGGUUCCACCGUUCACCAUCAUUCAUCGUUAACCUUAUUGGUUUUCGCUGAGCUGAACAUGUUAUUCCAUUUAAUACUAAAUACUGGUUACUACUUCUUUAAAUAAUAUGUAUCGAUCAAAAGAGACCAUAAAAUAAAUAUUCUUGUUUAAAUCUGAA